UCUAAAGGGAUUACUUCCGGCCAUACUGUCCACCGCUCGCUCGUCGAAAUCAAAAUGUAUGAAGUGGAUAUUUUCCGCGCUUCAAGAUAGUACAAUCAUUUAUGAAUUAAUGUCUACUUGUACUGUUUUGAUACGUUGUCUUGUGUCCUCUGCAUUUAAUAAUAUCCGCUUCAAAGGGUUGUUGCGUUAGCUAGCUAGCUGGAAAACAGAGUUGCGAUCUAAUCGAAAGACACUUUCCUUGCUACUUGCUAAAGAAGAUGUCUGCUGAAGAGGCGGCGGACAAAACAAUCCCGGCAGAAGCGAGUGCUGGAGAUGCGGGAGAUGCAGGAGAUGAGGAAGAAGAAUGGCUCUACGGAGAUGAUGAUGAAAAAGCAGAGGAGGAAGAGGCGAAAUUAACCGCUGCUGUCAGUGCCCCUGUUGCUGUUGCCGCUCCGCCAGAGAGCGAAGAGGCUGUUGCCACCGGCAACGGAGUGGAAUCCCAGGAGAAAGAGGCCGGAAACGACGAAGACAGUGAUAGCGACAGCGACGACGAUGAUGACGAUGUCCGGGUCACUAUCGGAGACAUUAAAACCGGAGCCCCUCAGUACACAACGUACGGAGCGGCUCCUGUCAACUUGAACAUAAAGACAGCGGGAACCAGACCUUUUGGAGCAGCAGGAAACAAGCUGAAGGGUGUGGACCUGGAGGCCCCUGGUAGCAUCAAUGGCGUCCCGGUACUGGAGGUGGACAUGGAGUCAUUCGAGGAAAAACCCUGGCGGAAACCAGGUGCGGAUCUGUCUGAUUACUUCAACUACGGGUUCAACGAGGACACGUGGAAAGCUUAUUGUGAGAAACAGAAGAGGCUGAGAAUGGGCCUCGAGGUCGUCAACAUCUCCUCCACUGCCAGCAAAAUCACUGUUCAGCAGGGCAGGACAGGAAAUGAGAAAGAAGUGAGUUUGCCCAUCCACACGUCCAAACCUGACUUCCCUUCUCCGGCCAGCAUUUACAAGUCAGCCAUGAGCGUGAACACUACCCGGAUCUCCCCCCCCCAGUGGACUGCCCCCCCCGUACAGGACAUUUCCUACUACACGAAGCCCAGUGGUACCAUUGACGUGAUUGGAGGAGGGACAGCCACAAUCAGCCGAGUGGAGGGACGACGUAGACACAACCUGGAGGGAAACAACAUCCAGGUGAUUUCAGAACACUCGUCUUCGGAGGCCGAGCCCACCCCGAACAAGAUGCCCCCCUUCUUCCCCCCUGGCCCCCUCCCCCCAAACAUCCCUCCUCCUCCCUUUCUCCCUCCUCCUCCCAACGUCAGCCAAGCCCCCCCUCUCCUCCCCCCCCCAAGAAUACCAAUCAAUGUCCCUCCACCUGGUUUCCCUCCUCCCAGUGGCCCCCCUCCUUCCCUUAUCCCCACCUUGGACAGCACUGGCCAUCCUGGUGGAUACGAUGGUCGACCCGUACCCCCGUACCCCUUCCCUUCAGGUGGCUACCCUCCUCCUAUGCCAGGGGGCUACCCUCCGCCCAUGCAAGGAACCGUGACCCAGUGGCCCCCCAUCAUGGACCAGUCAAAACAGUGGGAUUAUUACCCCCCAGUAGGUCCCGGCCCCAGACGGGAGGAGAAGCGGGAGAAGGAGAGAGAGAGGCCCCGGGAGAGAGAGAGGGAGAGAGAGCGGGAGAGAGAGCGGGAGCACAGCCCUUCUGCUAUGGCUUACAACAGCGACGAGGAGCGGUACCGUGGUUACCGGGAGUACCAGGCGGAGCGUGGCUACAGUGGAGGCGGAGAGCGGGGGGGUGAACGGGGCGGCGUGGAGCGUCACAGGGAGCGGUCGAGCCGUGAGAAGGAGGAGCGACACAGAGAGAGGAGACACAGAGAAAAGGAGGAGGGGCGACACAAGUCGUCACGCAGCAGUAGCAGCCGAAGGAGACAUGACAGUGAGGAGGGGGACGGUCACAGGAGGCACAAACACAAGAAGAGCAAGCGGAGCAAAGAGGGCAAGGAGCCCAGCGAUGACAUGGGCCCAGAUCAGGAGAACCAGGACGGCAUGGAGUGAUACAGACACACUCCUCCUCUGUUUUUCAUCAUCCGCCUCCCUUUACUUUCCUCCCUGUCCUCCUCCUCUCCUCUCUCAUGUCUGUCUCUCUCAGUGCUCCCCAGGAGAAUCAAAAUGGUGUGGUAAGAGAGGAAACGCACUGAACUCCUCUCGCUCUCUUCCUCUCUUCCUGUCCGUUCCUGUCCCUCAUCUCUCCGUGUGUGGGCUGACGUAGAGGAACCCAGGGACUCCGGGGCACCGCCCCCAUUCCGCCUCCUCUGAUACCCCCCCCCUCUCUUCAUCCUUCUCUUCCUCAUGUGUCCUUCUGUCGUCAUCUCUCCCUCCAUCUCUCCCUCCAUCUCUCCCUCCAUCUCUCCCUCCAUCUCUCUUCAGGGCACUGUUGUUGUUGUUGAUCAUGCUCAGAGAUUGUCGUUUAUCCUUUGUAGUCUUGGCGAUCUUGAACAGUCCUCGUUUCCUGUCGUGAAAAAAAACGUAAAUUUGUUGGAUAAAAAAAACAAACAAGCUUUUGAUAA